AUGGAAGCCCCGCCCAAGCCCAACACCACCGUCGCUGCUGCUGCCACCCUCGACUUUGGCAGCGCGUUGGUGUUCGUGCCGGACCACGACGAACAAGAAGAUAUCUACGAAGAUGAGGUGGAGGACGGGAUAGCGGCGUGCGCACAGGCGCAGGCCAAGCUGUGGGCCGAGGCCGCCAAGGAGGCCAAGGAGGGCGGCGAGGGAGCCGCACCGGCGCCGGUCGACCCGGGCUUCCUCCGCGAGCUGCAGCGCAUGGGUGAAGACUCCCAUGUCGCCCGCUCCCGUGGGCGUAACGAGAACCACAGCGAUGCGAUGGCGUCGCAUCUGGGCGUGUUCAACUCCUCGCGACGACUGCAGCCGCGCUACCAGGGCGCCAAGGCCAAGAAGUUCGACUCGCUGUGCCACAACCGCGCCACGGCCGAGAUGCAAGUGCGCAAGGAGAAGCAAGCCAAGCUCGAGGAGAUCGCGCGACAGAACAAGGAAGAGGAAGGCGAGAAGGAGGUGGAGGAGCCGCAGGAGCAGCAGUCGCCCUUCGUUGGCGGCGAGAGCAUCAACACGGAAGAGGUCCAGGCGAUCAUCAUCGACAACUGCUCCAGCCUGAUGAAGGCCGGCUUCGCAGGCAACGACGCGCCUUCGGCGGUGUUCCCGACGGUGGUGGGCCGCCCGCGCCACUCGGGCGUGAUGGUGGGCAUGGGCCAGAAGGACUCGUACGUGGGCGACGAGGCCCAGUCCAAGCGUGGCAUCCUCACCCUCAAGUACCCCAUCGAGCACGGCAUCGUCACCAACUGGGACGACAUGGAGAAGAUCUGGCACCACACCUUCUACAACGAGCUCCGCGUGGCCCCCGAAGAGCACCCCGUCAUCUUGACGGAGGCCCCGCUCAACCCGAAGGCCAACCGCGAGAAGAUGAUGCAGAUCAUGUUCGAGACCUUCAACGUACCGGCGGUCUACGUCAUGACGCAGGCCGUCGGCGCGCUCUACGCGUCCGGGCGCACGACCGGCAUGGUGCUGGACUGCGGCGACGGCGUCACCCACUCAGUGCCCAUCUACGAGGGCACGCCAGUCGCCCACGCUGUGUAUACACGCAGCUGUCGGCCGACUGGACCUGGCCGGGCGCGAUCUGACGGACUACCUCAUGAAGAUCCUCACCGAGCGCGGCUACUCGUUCACCACCACGGCCGAGCGCGAGGUCGUGCGCGACAUCAAAGAGAAGCUGUGCUACGUGGCGCUGGACUUUGA